GAUAGUGCCAUCGAUAGUUUCCCAGCUCUAGCUUAAAACAUGCUGGACAAAUUGAAAUUAAAUAAUUUGGUGAUAACCAACAAAAAACUCAUUUUAAAAGCACGUGUUCAGACCAUUUCUAAGCUAAUCCAGAAACUGCGGAAGACCAAAACAAAAACGGCGGAAACGCCAAAGGAUAAGGAUCGGACACGAAAAUAUACGGAAUGUAUAACGGAGUUGAAGACCCAAAAACCUGUGGAAUUAAUGCGGCAGGUGUUAGCCAAAAGUGGCGGCAAUACUAAAGCAGUACUUACCAAUGGACGCUCGAGCCCCAAGGAAUUGGCCAUGGCCAUGUUGGAGGAGAACAAAAUUAUGAGCCAACUGUUGAAUAACUUUCGGCAGGAACUAAAAUUGAGCAACGAUAAAGAAAAGGUUAAGUGGCGUGAGGAAAUACUAGAGGUAAGCAAACGGCAGGCAAAAUUCAAGCGCACUGAGGAGAAGAAACGAAAACGAAAAGAACUUAAAGAAAUCAAGGCAAAUGACAAAAAACGUGAGGAGUGGCUCAAAGAAAAUCAACAAAGGCUUCAAGACGGAGAAGAGAUUGUAAAGAAGGAGCAGGAGGAACACGUCAAUAUCAAGAAAAUCGAGCCCGCACAGACAUCUAUCCCGCAAGACACUGCAUCGAAGGCACCAAUCAAGGAAAAAGAAAAAACACUUAAGGAAGAACUAAAGACGAAGCCAAAUCAAGUUAAUGAAUCCAACCAGAAAAAGCUAACAAAACAAAAAGAAAAGCUUAAGCCAGACCCUAAACCGGAGGCGGCAAUAAAGCCAAAAUCAACAAAGCCCGAAACUAAAGCGAAUGAAGCCACUAAACAAAAACCAACAAAACUCAAAGAAAAGCCUAUGAAGAAGCCAGUCAAAGAUCGUCCCACCCAUGUUAUUGACCCAUUCUUUAUCACACAAUCUGGGCAGCCAUAUUUAUCGACAGCUAUUGACAAUUCCGAUGGUGAAGAGGAUGAGAAAGCUCCGCGUCAAGGUCCAACUCCAGUGCCUGCUGCCAAUAGUUGGCGCAAGCAAAAAUAUGAAAACUCAUAUGAACGACCAGCCGCAACUCAAGGGGAGGGCAAGAAAAUUAAAUUUAAUGAUGAUGGAGAAGCCACGGUUACAGCUACUGCUUCUACUCUCAGUCCAGCAGCAGCAGCAGAUUCUGCACCCAGUGUCAGCACUGAGGGUAUGCAUCCCUCGUGGAUAGCAAAACAAAAAUGGAAACCCAAAAUUGCCGAGUUCCAAGGGACUAAAAUUAAAUUCGAUGAUUAACAAA